CAGUCUAUUCGAGACAGCUAGUCCAUCACAGGGGAGGGUACUUUUUACACAACUGCCAAUUUUUUCCUGCUCGGGUCGCAUUUCCAACAACUUCCUCAAUUAACGCUCAGAGCAGUUUUUGUUCCUUGAAGCCUUUUCAAUAUGUCGGCCCAUACAGCAAAAAGAAGGAGACUGAGCCCUUCACCGGACGAUUCCUCGCGUACACAAAAUAAUAGUGCAUACUCGGUAUCGAAUCGAAAUAGACUGACUGAUAGCGAUGCCGCUAAAUCCUCUCGAAAGUCCGACGUUUCUACUCUGCGCACCAGUGGGCCUUCAAAGAACGACCGCUCCGCUGAACUUGCGCUCGCCAGCGGUUUCUAUAAAUCCACCUUUUUCAAGCUACAACUGGACGAACUACUGAAUGGGUCGAGGCCGAACUAUGACAAACAAGUCUCGCGACUCCAGGAGACACUUCACAAGUUGAAAAGCGUUAUCGAAUCGGAGAAGGAGCUGCGUGGCGCGCAUGGAAUUACCGUUCCAUUCCCUGAACCUCGCCCGGCCAAGGAUACAAAGUACACCGUAUCCUACUCGAAACCAACAAAUAUCAAUGUGGUCGGAAGUCUCUCUUUGAAAACAGGUGUCAAAAGCGAUGUACCGUUGACGGUGGACUUGGCAGUCACGAUGCCCAGUGCUUUGUUUCAGGAAAAGGAUUACGUGAACUACCGCUAUUUCCACAAGCGGGCAUAUUACAUCGCGAGCCUUGCUGCCGGGAUUAGGGAAGCGGAGGAACUGAAUCUCACCGUCAAAUUUGGGCUUCAAGAUGGUGACAGCCUUCGUCCUGUUCUUCUACUGGAGCCUAAUAGCACCGAGAGAAAGGAGUCCCUGCCUGCAAAGACUCAGAUUCGUAUAAUUACGGCCAUCGAAGACUCCUUGUUCCCAAUCUCUCGGACCUUGCCGUCGAGAAACAAUAUUCGCCAGGGCUCAACGGAUGUGCCUGUGUCUCAGGAGUCCACCCCAUUCUACAAUGCCGCUCUUCGUUCAGAAGCCACAGUGGCACAGUAUCACAAGUUUCUUCACAACGCUGCUCGGAAUUGCGAAUCCUUCAAGGAUGCCUGCAUUUUAGGCCGGACAUGGCUCCGACAGCGGGGACUGGGCUCAUCUCCGUUCAAGGGCGGAUUCGGUGGUUUUGAAUGGACAGUGCUCAUGGCUCUCCUCUUCGAAGGAGGAGGUCCCAACGGCAAGCCCGUUCUACUAAAAUCAUAUAGUAGCUACCAGCUAUUCAAGGCGACCCUUCAAUUCAUUGCAGGAAGGGACCUGGCCAUUCCGUUGCUAUUCUCCGCUACGGACAUAUCUUUUCCUGAUGGCACCCCAGUCCUAUUUGAUGGCAAACGCGGGUUGAAUGUCCUUUAUAAAAUGGCCCCUUGGUCCUAUGCCUUUCUUCGCCGUGAAGCAAACACUACUGUGCGCAUGUUGAAUGAAUCUCGCGACGACAACUUUGACAAAGUCUUUAUCAUCAGGGUGAAUGAACCUCUUCUGAGAUUUGACCGCAUCUUGAAGCUUCCAGCGCAGGACAGUGCAAACAUCCUCCGGAGCCUUCGCAGCCAGACUGCUGUAUAUGACGUGAUUGUUAGAGCGCUUGGGGACAGAGCGGAUCUCGUACAUAUUUACGGGGAUGUUUUCAAGCCCUGGCCGGUAGACGCAAAACCGCAUCGCAAGCCAGAAAGCCAAAGUGUCUCCGUGGGUAUCGUUCUUAAUACCGACAACGCUGAGCGUGUUGUCGAUCAUGGCCCGUCUGCAGAACAGAAAGAAGAGGCAGCUUCUUUUAGGUCAUUUUGGGGAGAGAAGGCUGAACUCAGACGUUUUAAGGAUGGUACUAUUCGAGAGAGCUUGGUAUGGACUGAUGAGAAGUCAUCACCAUCUAUAGUGUAUCAGAUCUUGAUGUACAUCUUGAGCCGCCAUUUUAACUACACCAAAGACGACGUGGUAUUCAUUGGAGAUGAAUAUGACGACAAGCUUCGCGAAGGCGGCGACGAUGUCUUCUCUUACUCGAGUCCCGCUUUUCAGGCAAUCACCGAUGCCUUCACUUCAGUGCAAAGAUCAAUUCAAGACAUGGAUGGUGUUCCCCUAACUGUUAGGCAUCUGGCACCAGCUAGCCCUAGUCUGCGCUACACUGCCCUCCGGCUCCAUGGUACUGCUGGGGUUGCAUCCAACCCUGCGGACAUUGUUCUUCAGUUUGAGAGCUCGGCCCGGUGGCCAGAUGAUCUGAAGGCUAUCCAGAUGACCAAGGUCGCCUUUCUCAUCAAGAUAGGAGACUCCUUGAAGUCGGGCGGGGUUGCUUCCGCCUGUAGAGUUGGGUUGGAAAAUGAGUCAACGGGGUUGAUGAAUAAUUCCUUCUUGGACAUCACCCAUACAUCAGGAAUAGUUUUCCGCCUUAGGAUUCACCAUGAGCGCGAGCAGCUGUUGCUAGAACGUCAACUGAAGGAGAAAGGUGCUAGCCCGCUGGCGAAACAACAAGUGGCUUAUGCCUUAGCUGCAUAUAAGCGACUCUUUAUCCAAACACCUCGUCUAACGCAGGCAAUCCGCACUUUAUGUACACGCUUCCCACUGUUGUCGCCAACAAUUCGCCUCGUUAAAUAUUGGUUCAAUUGCCACCUGCUCGCAGGUCAUGUCAAUCAAGAGUUGAUUGAAUUACUCGUUGUCCGGGUCUUUACCCAGUCUUAUCCUUGGGACAGCCCCUCGAGUGUCAUGGCCGGCUUUUUGAGGACGCUUCAUGUCCUUUCCCGAUGGGAUUGGCAGCAGGAGCCAUUGAUGGUCGAUUUCGGUGAAUUAAAUAAGGAGUCAAUGGAAGCGAUCCAGACUCGCUUUUCUGCCUGGCGAAGCGUCGACCCGGCCAUGAAUACCGUCGCCUUGUUUGUUGCUUCCGAUAUUGACACUGAUGGCGUAACUUGGACACAGCAUGAAAUGCCACCAAAGGUCGUGGCUGCUCGAAUGUGUACUUUGGCUAAAGCGGCCAUGAAAUUGCUGCGGGAGCAGGGCUAUGGCCUUACUGUGUCAGACUUGUUCCAUACGUCCCUAGCACCCUACGAUUUCGUUAUCAACAUUCGCCCGGGCCUGCUACAGGAACGAUUGGCACUGCCUACGAGAUUCAAGAACUUAGAUGCGCGGAGAACUGCGCGAACUGCUAAACCUGCAAUGGUGUCGUCCUUUGCUCGUGACCUGCAGGCGUGUUACCAUCCAAACAUGCUUCUCUUCCACGGCGACGAAAGCUGCAGCGUUAUCGGCGGUCUCUGGAACCCACAGAUCCUCAAACCGAAGAAAUGGACGCUGAAGUUGGCAUAUUCAACGUGCCCUUCAGAACCGAGAGCCAACGAAGAAGUGUCUAUGAAUUGCCAAGCCGUCCUAAGCGAGAUCGCCAGAUUAGGUGCUGACUUGGUGGAUAGUAUAGAAGUGCAUACAGAGGUGGCUUCCGAGAAGUAA